GUCAUCUGACACCCCCACCAAGUCACCUGACACCCCCACCAAGUCACCUGACACCCGCAACAUGACGUGUACUGGACACACUGGCUCCGUCCGCCAUCUUGCUCUGCUCAUUAUGCUGCUGGCCGCCUGCCGGCCGCUGGAUGCCGUCUCGGACAACCGUAGCGUCAAAGCCUCCAGGAGCAGACUAGCCUGUGACCUGAGUUCCGGCACCCCGCGACCCCAGGAGUGUCAUUGUUCAAACGAUGAGGUCACGUGUAGCGGUCUGCCCACCCCUCUCCUGAGGGUACCGUCUAACCUCGGCAGCUGGGUACGAACCCUAGACCUAUCCAGCAACAAGCUCACAUUUAUUGAUGCCAAUAAUUUUGUGGCCAUGGAAUCGCUCCAAAAAUUAUAUCUAAAUGACAAUCACAUUUUCCAGAUUCACCCCGCAGCGUUCAGAAACCUUUACCGGCUGCAGGAGUUAAAUUUAACUGGAAAUCUGCUGAUGCGUAUGGGACUCAACAAUUUUAACAUUCAACAUUUGUCAUCCCUGAAGAUUGUAGAUUUGAGCAACAACCAAAUCAGUUUCAUCAACAAGUUCACAUUUCUUACAGCUGUCUCCACUUUUCAUCUAGAUGUAGAUUUCCGGAACAAUCCAGUUGAGUGCAACUGUGACGUGCUGGCCAUAAGGAACUGGCGGUCCAACAUGUCUGCCAGGUUCAAGGUCAGCCUUAGGAAUCUGCUGUGUGCAAACGAUGAGCAGCACAGGUCAUAUGACCAAGUGGCAAGGCGCGUGUUCGGGUCGUGUACAGCUUUUGAACGCGUGAGACGACGUGACACAGCUGUUGACCGCGUGAGACGACAUGACGCAUCUGCCACAGGCCACGACUACACCAACGCCAACGUUGCUGAACAGGUGGAGACCCAGAACUACGCCAAUGACGUGAAUGUCUUCAGUCAGGAGAGACUCACGUGUGGAGCAUGCAGGAACGUGAGCACAAAUUUCGCCUGCAAACAGUCUGGUCACGUGCUGUGUACAUCUAAUCAGACGAUGUGCUACACGCAGCUGUCCUGGGACCAACAGGUCAAGGUCAUGUCCAUCUCUGGCGGGUGCCAGACGUUUGAGAGCUGCCUGGUGAUGGAGGCCACAAAUGCUGAGCACUGCAGCGUGGGUCACUCGCUCAACGUCCAGUGCCACUUUUGUUGUCGCGGUCCCACAUGCUCAAGCGAUACAAUCGGAGGUAGGACCAGAGAUGACGAGUUUCUUGUGACCUUCAUCAAGCAAGACUCCCCGCUCCAGCCCGCCCUGACAGUCAAAGACUCGGACACUUUUCGUCUAGAGCAGGCCCGAUAUGCGGCAGCUGUGAAGUCUCUGUUGACCGACGUGAGUGGAGGACUGGACGUGUUUACACUGCGAUACGACAAUAUUUCAACAAACAGUUAUCGUGUAGUCCUUGAACUUCGAGUGACCUCUCUCAGCAUUUUCUCCCGAGAAGACAUUGAGCACGCCAUACAGCUUGGCAUCGCUUCCAACAGGAGCCUCGCUUUUUACAAGCAGGAAAAUAUCGACUCAAACUCAGUCUACUUGUCUAGUGCAGUUUCAGAUCUGAAAACGUGCCCCCAGUCAACGAGCAGCUCCGGCCAGUGGUCGCUGCACUGGGAAGAGGCUAUGGCUGGAGAGACCAAAUACAAUUCCGUGGGGGACAAAAACUGUUUCUCUAGGCAUUGUCUCCUGGUUGAUGGAGUGACGAAAUGGGGUCAAGUUGUUUCUGUUGAAUGUCAGGUGAUGUCAACAACUUCUCACACGUCAGCACCUGUCACAUCAGUGUCACCAGUGGCUGUCACAUCCCCACUUGACAUGGCAACAUCCCCACUUGACAUGGCAACAUCUGUCAAAAGUCUUUCCAUUGACCUCCUGAAUGACAUCACGGCCACAGAGAACUUCUCCCCGGCUGUUCUGCACGGCUUCAUCCUGCGACUGGAGGAGCUGAGCACAGAGUCGAGUCUGGCAGUGGCUGACGUACCGGACACCGUCAUGACCUGCAUCUCUCGCUUGCUGGACAUCAGCCACCAGCUGCUGCAGACGUCGGAGCGUGAGUUCUCCACCUCCCACAGGCUGCUUGCUGUGAUUGAACACUUGCCAGAAAGAGCACCGUUGACUGCAGGCAGGCUGCACCUCGUCAAGUCAAACCUGGCUGUGGCAGGUAUAGCCCUACACGCAGGUGAGACCAGGAAUCUGCAAAUGUCGCUUGGACAGUCAGGCUCCUGGGAUGAACAGGUCCAGAUAGCGUUAGACUACUCUAAUGACAGCCAGCAGUGGACAGACCAGCAAUCUUCUGUGGUCAUCCCAACUGAGGCAGUGGUCAGCUCACUAAGCCCUGACCAGAAGGCCCAACUCUCACGAGUGACGUAUGUUGUCCAUCAGACAGACAAACUCUUCUCAACGCUAGAGACAGCCAUUGAGACGCCCAGCGAGUCUGGCAGCAACAGGACCAUGGUCAACCUACAGGUCAACAGCUACGUCAUCUCAGCCAGCAUCCUGCACGUGCACAUCUCAGAUCUCCAGGAGACCGUCAACAUCACCUUCAGACACGUACACACGAAUGCGUCGCUUCCGCGGUGUGUUUACUGGAGACAGUCAACCAAUGGGAGCCUCAGAAACUGGUCACGUGAUGGCUGGUCACGUGACGGCUGUGACGUGUUACUGGCAACAGAGACAGUGACCACGUGUGGCUGUAACCACUUAACCAAUUUCGCUCUUCUCAUGGAUGUCUACAUGUCAGGCGACUCUGUGAGCAGCAUGGAUGGCACGGUGCUGUCCUACAUAUCGUACAUUGGGUGUGGCCUCUCACUCGUGGCUCUCAUCUUCACUCUGCUCACCUACACGAUAUUCAGUAAACUAAGAGGAGACAAUCCAUCCAAGAUACUUUUCAACCUGUGUCUGGCCUUGACCUUGUCAAACGGUUUGUUCCUGGUCGGCAUGAGAGAUUACACCUUUCACAACACACUUGCGUGCAAGGUUGUGGCUGCCUCGCUCCAUUAUUUCCUCCUUGCCUCUCUGACGUGGAUGGCUGUUGAAGCUUUCUACAUGUACGUGGCCCUGAUUCGUAUCUUCAACACGUACUUCUCCCACUUUCUGCUCAAGUGCUGCCUCGUAGGAUGGGGCCUCCCGUUUGUUAUUGUGGCGGCAACUUUAGGUGUCAACAAGACCGACAACUACGCUCUCAUCGCCAGUGGAAUAUGUUGGCUACGAACCGAAGCUUUCUAUGGUGCUUUUGUCGGUCCUGUCUGUCUCAUUCUUGUCAUCAACUGUCUCGCGUUUUUGAUGGUCCUGCAUAAGCUGGCGACAAUGUCAAAGGCAACUAGCAAGUUAAAGAGAACAGACAAAAACAGAACGGUGCAGCAGCUCCGUGCUGCCAUUGGUGUGUUGAUCCUGCUGGGUCUGACUUGGCUGUUCGCCAUCUUUGCUGUUGGACAAGCUAGCACUGUGUUUCAUUACUUGUUCGCCAUUUUUAAUUCAUUUCAAGGGCUGUUCAUCUUCCUGUUUUAUUGUAUGUUUAAAAAAGAAGCUGUCAAAGCUUGGAAAAGUUGUUGCCCUUGUUUCAGCGAUUACUAUAGUCAUUCUAGAACUUCGACAACAAGCAGAGAUUUGGCAUUGAGCAGAAGAAAGUCGACCCGUCCAUCGCUGUCUACUCUAGACACUUCCAUAUUUUCAUCUUCAGUUAGACCAAAGCAAGAAGCACAGACCACAGAUGUACUGACCACAGAUAUACAGACCACAGAUGUACAGACCACAGAGACCACAGAUGUACAGACCACAGAGACCACAGAUGUACAGUCCACAGAGACCACAGAUGUACAGACCACAGAUGUACAGACCACAAAUGUACAUAUCACACACAAGAGAGUUAGCUUUUCUUGAAACUUUUUAACAUUCACGUACAUUUUUACAAGCUUUUAUUUAACUCACUUCCUCUGUCAGUCGCCAGUCGUAAGUCUAGAUAGAAACGUAGGAGUGAAAAUUCGGACAGUUCUACUUGACCGAUACGAUUCACACUUGGCACGUGGGUCAAGACAUGAAGACAAUGCAAUCUGAAACUAAAUUUGACUUAAUUGGAUGCCUAAUUAAUUUUUUUAUGAAUUAAUUAAAAUUUGGACCGAAUCAAUAGGCAUGUCUAUCCAACCACACCACACGCGUCAUCACGUUCAAUAGCUGCGCCAUCACCUUCAGUAGGCGCGCCAUCACGUUCAAUAGACGCGCAAUGGUUUUUAGUCAUGUCACACUAUUGUAAAUAAAACAUGUAAAGUACUGAAAAAAAAAUUCAUAAAAAACGUUUUAAUAACAAGCUUUUAUGUAAUGAUGCACUAAAA